AUGGCGCCUCUUCAGCAGCAAGAAGAGGAAGUGCCUCGAUUGCCCAUGCCUUCACGGAACCCUCUCCCAUUAUCCUCCGGACAAGAGGCCCAAGUUCGAGAAUUAUACCAUGCACGGGUGCGAGGGUACUGCGCGGCAGAGAUCAAAUUAUUUGCGGAUUGUGCAUUAGGACGAACAUUCACUGCCCCAUUCAAAUGCAGAGCCCAGAAUCGAGCCAUGAAUACAUGCAUGGUAGCCCAUGCCACACAAAGCGAACAAGACGCCGCGCGAGAAGAAUGGUUCGGACUACGGUUGAAGAGACAGAAAGACAGAGAGGCAAAGGAGGCAAGGAAGCAGGAGCAGGAGAAGUUCCACCGGGAGUGGUGGGGUUUACCACAGGCGGAUCGAGAAGGAGAUAAAGGGAGGGAGGUUGUGAGGAAGGCCGAAAGGGUAGGUGGAUUCCCGAAGAGCGACGAGGGGCAGUUGAGUAAGGACCGGCAUCGAUGA